AUGCACAGCUCGCCUGAGUUUCGAUCGCUGAAGGCCAAGAUCCGAGUGCUAUGCAAGCAGCGCCGCAUCCGACUGGAGGAGUUCAUGAAGACGUUCGACAUCCACAAAGUCAAGAAGAUCAAGACCGAGCAGUUCAAGCGCGCGCUGGAUGUCAGCGGCCUCCACCUGUCCACCGCAGAGGUCAACCUCAUCGUGGCGAAGUACAGGCUCCCGGAUGACCCCUCUUUCGUGGAUUACCGGCGCUUCUGCGACUUGAUGGACAAGGUGUUCACGGUGAAGGGGCUGGAAGCCAAACCUGCUCAUCAAUCCAGCAUCCACAGCGACUUGCCGGUGGUAAAGACUUUCGCCUUCGAAACGUUGACGCCAUCGGAAGAAACCUUGCUUGGAGUCGUGAAGCAGAAGCUCUUCGCUGCUGUGAUGAGCAAGGGCAUCGUGCUGAAAGACGUGUUCCACGACUUCGACCGCAGCAACGCUGGCAAGGUGACAAGACCUCAGUUCGUGCGAGAUAUCUCGGACAUCGUGGUGCUAUCUUCCGACGAGAUGGACGUCCUGCUAAAGGCGUACGGCGACAAGUUGGACGUGCACUAUCGGGCGUUGCACUUUGACAUCUGCCCAGGCGCAUCGGGUGCUGGAACGAGAGCAGCGAUGCCCCGCUCGCCGGAGAGGCGCCAUCGAUCGGCCCCGGGAGGGAGUGACAGUGACUUCCAGUCCAGUGCGCUCAAAGAACUCGAGGCGGAGCUGUCGGAGCUGGUGCUCCGGGACCGCAUCCGCACGAAAAACUUCUUCACAGAUUUCGACCAACUCCGAACGGGGAAGUGCACGGAGGCUCAGUUCCGACGAUGCGUGAAGCUGUGCUUCCCUGUUGUGACCGAGCACGACUUGAACUUGUUGGUGCAGAAGUACGGGAGCGUGAAGUCGCUGGACACCACGAAGGUCGACUACAUCCGGUUCUGCAACUACGUCGAGGGCAAGGCUAACCUGGAGUCGCUCAAGGACAACAACUUCGACGACAUCUUGUCCACAAUCGCCAAGGCCACGAACCACUCGACUGCGGACAAAUGCUCGCGCGCGAUGCGAGGUUCGUUGACCGACUCGGACGCAGAAGUUCAUCAGGGGAUGAUGCAGCGUCUUCACACGUUCUGCUCCACUCGGCGAGUUCUGCUCAAGCCCACGUUCCAGGACUUCGAUAAGGGCAGACGCGAACACAUCACAGUCGACCAAUUCUUCCGUGUGAUUGCCAUGUUCAAGCUCACGCUCAACGGCGAGAGCGAGCGGCGGGCGCUACUGCAACGGUACGCGAGCUCACAUGGCGAACGCUUCGUGAACUACGUCACGUUUUGCUACGACCUGGAGAACUGGGGCAACGACAACCAGCGUUCAAGCAGCCGUCCGUCUUCACGUGGUGGUGUCGUGUCGGAGAUCAUUGCGCCGUCAAAGCUGCGCGCCGACACAUUCGAGGAGACUGCGGCCGAGGCGCACGUUCGAUCGGUGCCUAUGCUCAUCCGGUACAUCAAGCAGACCAUCAAGCGCGACCGCAUUCGGCUGGAGGAGUACUACCGGGACUUCGACAAGCUUCGGCACGGCAAGAUCACCGCGACGCAGUUCUGUGCUGGACUAAACGCUGCGGGCUUCCUGCUGUCCCGAGAAGAGAUGUCGCUGCUUGGAGACGAGUACGCGUGCAAAGAGGUCGACAGCAUGGGGAAACACUGGAUCGCGUGGAAAGCCUUCGUCGACGACGUGGAGAGCGUCUUCACUGUGAAGGGGCUGGAGCAGAAGCCGCACCAAGAUCUGAAGACGUUGGAGACCCGAGAAGGACAAUUCGGAGGCGUCGUGGUCGAUAAAGACCUUACGCCAGCGGAGGAAGACGAGGUGAAGCGAGUCCUGCUCACCAUGAAGCGCUCCAUCGUCCGUCAGCGGAUGGAGAUCAAGCCAGCGUUCGAGGACUUCGACCACUCCAAGCAGGGCUUCAUCUCUUCGACGAAGUUUGAGCGCGUGCUGUCGAUGUUUGCUCUGCUGCCAGCUCAGGCUUCGGACUCGCGGCUUCUGCUGAUCAAGUUCCGAGAGCAGGCAGCAACUGGCACGAGCGCAACGCUGAGCUCCAUCUGCGACGUCAACUAUCGCGCCUUCCUCCAAGCGCUCCAGAUCCUCGGCGGCUACACGACCAACGCCAGCAGUGAAGACCUCCGGAAUCUGGUGCUGCCGGGCAGCGUCGCGUUCCGCCAGGAGCUGUACCAGAGCGGCGUCAUGAACCACGACGCCAACAAGCGACGGGCUCGAGACAACCUCGCGGGCGCGGCGGACCUAUCGCAGCUCCUGGCCGAGAUCCGUCGGCAGCUCAGUUCCAAGCGUAUUCGGCUGAAGGAGUUCAUCGCCGAGGGCGACAAGCUGCGCUCCGGGGAGAUCACGCUGGCCAAGUUCCACACGGCGCUCAACCGCAGCGGGUGCGUCUUGGACGCCGCCGACAUCCACACGCUCAGUCUGCACUUCCGCUCGACGAGGAACCCGGACAAGAUCGACUGGAGGACGUUCAUGGAGGCGCUGGACUUCUCUCACGGCGUGUCGGCGCCGACCUCGGGCUUCCGUGGCGAGCAACAGAAGCAGGACGGCGUGGACGAGGCCAUGAAGCGGAUCCUGGAGCGACUGCGCAACGAAGUGAACCACCGCCGCCUGCACAUGAAGCCGUACUUCCAGGACUACGACCACAACAACGUCACGCGCGUGACCAAGUUCCAGUUCGCGGCCGUGCUCGACAUGAUGCAGCUGCCGCUCAAGCCCGCCGACGUGCAGCAACUCACACACCAGUUCGCGCACCGCGACGGCCGCAGAGUCACCAACGACGUCAACUACAUCGCGUUCAUCCAGGCCGUCGACUCGGACUACUCGUGA